AUGGAUGAGCUGGACGUCGGAGACGACGGCAGGAAGGAGAGCUCCAGGAGCCAGACCGGGUUCUCCUCUCUACUGUACCCGGCUCCUCUGACCCCAGACACGGUCAGCCCGCUGACUCACCUGGGCACGCUGCUGGCCGGACACGACGCUCCGAGGACCGGAUGGGACAGGAGACUGGACCUGGGGUUUGAAGGCUGUCAGUUACUGGGAACAACGAGGGAACCAGGAAGAGAAGCUCACGCUGACCAGAGCGUCACCAUCCUGCACGCCAAGGUCGCUCAGAAGUCCUACGGCAACGAGAAAAGGUUCUUCUGCCCUCCUCCGUGUGUUUACAUCAGCGGUCAUGGAUGGAGAGUCAUGCAGGACCAUCUGAAAGCUGCUGGCGGUGCAGACUCGGUGUAUCGGCUGUCUGGUUACAUGUGUCUGGACAGCUCCGCUCAGUCUCAGGCCGACGCAUUCAAACUGGUGUUCGAUGAGCAGCCAAACUGCAGGAUGUUUGCCUCUGCCAAGUCGCUGUUCAUCUCUGAUCAGGACAAGAGGAAACACUUCUGCCUGCUGCUACGACUCUUCCUGGGCAACAGACAGGAAGUGGGUUCGUUCCAGAGCCGGAUGAUCAAAGUCAUCUCUAAACCGUCCCAGAAGAGACAGUCCAUGAAGAACGCCGACCUGUGUAUCUCCUCGUGCUCCAGAGUAGCUUUGUUCAACCGUUUACGCUCUCAGACGGUCAGCACUCGCUACCUCUCAGUGGACAGAGGAGCCUUCAUCGCCAGCGCCAGACACUGGACCGCCUUCACCAUCACCCUGGUGGAGGACCAGCGUGCUGACCAAGGCGACUUUGUGCUGAGCGAAGGCUUCAUCUGUUACGGCUGUGUGGUCCAGUUAGUGUGCACUGAGUCUGGAGUCGCUCUGCCACCCAUGGUGAUCCGAAAGGUCAACAAGCAGCACGCCAUCCUGGACGUGGACGAGCCCGUCUCUCAGCUCCACAAGUGUGCCUUCCAGUUCCGAGACAACCCACACGCAUACCUGUGUUUAUCCAAUGACAGCAUCAUACAGUACCAGGCCCCGUCCAACGUCAGAGACCCCAGCAGAGUGGUGCUGAACGACGGGUCCUGCUGGACCAUCAUCGGAGUGGAAGCGGUGGAGUUCACCUUUAAUCAGGGUCCCGCCUGCAUCCAGACACCAGUCACUCCGUUUCCUGUCAUCACCGGGUUAGAGGUGAACGGCGGAGGACACGUCGCCAUGUUGGAGGUCCACGGAGAAAACUUCAGCCCUCAUCUCAAAGUGUGGUUUGGAAACAGCGAGGCCGAGACCAUGUUCAAGUCUCCUAAAUCUCUGCUCUGCGUCGUCCCUGACGUCUCCGUGUUCAGAGACGGCUGGCGUUGUCUGCGACGCAUCAUCACCGUCCCUCUGUCUCUCAUCCGAUUGGACGGCCUGAUCUAUCGCACGUCCUUCAGUUUCACCUACAGCCCCGAGCUGCAGCCGCCGCCGUGCGUCCGAGGAGCAGCGGGAGGAGGGAGGAGGGAGGGAGGGACGGAGGGAGGCCAGCAGGACGACGUCCUCUUAGAGACCAUCCAUCAGGAGUUCACCAGAGCCAACUUCCACCUCUUCAUGCAGACGUAGCUACGCUGCUCUCAGCGCUGGAGGCGGUGACGUCUAGGCUACAUGUCAGUAGCUGCUGAGGAAACGUCUCUGACUCUGACUUUAUCUCUGUCCAGGUGGACAUCACUGAUCUGGUAGAACAGCUGACAGUGUAACAUCAACUUCUCUAUCAUAUCAUUUCAUCCAUCUUCAUGACCAUCACGCCUCCCAUCAGUCAUGAACUGCUUCGCUUUUAUAAUACAUUUUUUAGCAUCUAACGUCAUGUCAAACUCUUUAUUUCUGACAUUUAACAUGUUGUUAGCAGCUGUUCUUCACAAGAUUGAAUAAGUCUCAUUUUUUAGGUUAGAUUACAACCUGUUCACACAUUGGCAAUGAAACGAUUAACACACGUUUAUACGUGUAAAAACGUACGUACAGUCCCUUUAAGAGAGUUUGGUGAAUCCAACACUUGUACAAGAGUAAGAGAGGUUUAGGAUAAGAAGUUGUACGGUAUAUUCCAGUAGUUCAUCACAAGUUCAGGGUACUGGGAGGAAGUGUAGGACUCAAAGCUUCCACAGCGCUGCUGGACUAAUCUGAUGUAUUGUGUUUUGUGUUGCCUGUGAUUUUCUGCUGUAUUACACAUCUGACCAACAGUCGGCUGCAGAGCCUCACGUCUUUGUCCCUUUAACAAUGAAAGCCUUCAUCCUUAUUAUGUUAAUCCGGUGAAUUAAAGUGUCUGGUAGCAGCAAAACGCAACAAACUAACAGAGCCGACAUCACCUCUUUGUUCCUGCUGUACGUCUGACCUGAAGUUAAGUCAUUAACGGCUC